AUGGAAAAUGUUGCUUUGGCAAUGAUGUUGUGCUGUCAGAAAGUGGUACCUGAGUCACAUUGGCAACCAUAUAUUAAAGUACUUCCCGAAAGCUUCAAUACACCUCUUUUCUUCACCGUUGAACAGUUGCAGGUUGGUGAACAUAUGCAUAGGCAUGAAUAUCUUUGCUUAAAUAAACUUACUUUCGAUGUAUAUAUUGCCUUUGCUUUUAAAAUCCGACUAGUCGUCUUUUACGAUAAAGAAAUGUUUUUGCGUCCGUCACCAUUAUUCGAAGAAUCGUUAUUGCUGUAUCGAAAUGUUUCCAGACAAUUUAUUCAUUUUUUAUUAGAAAUCAUACGUAGCGAUGAAUUUCGUCAUAAAAAGAGGAAAUCAAAAGAAGAGAUGUCAAAAAUUGAACCAAUAUAUGUUAAUUCUCCUCUUACUGCAUCAAAUUUCACCUUCGAUCUAUAUCGAUGGUCUGUUGCCUGCAUCUCAACACGUAUUAAUAUGAUACCGAGCGAAGUAUUGAAAGAUGCCACAGGUCAACCACGGAUGAUACCUGGAUUGAUACCAUUUCUGGAUAUGGCAAAUCACAGUUACACUGAAAGCGCUUUUCAUGAGGCAGUACAUUUUUCGGAUGAAUUUGAUUGUGCAAAAAUCAUCGCUGUUCGAGAUUACAAACCUGUAGAAUCGGUGAAUAUUUUUUAUGGUUGGCGAAGCAAUCGUGAUUUUCUAUUGCAUAAUGGUUUUGUACCUCUCGAGAAAAACGUUCGAGAUAUUUAUAAAUUAAAAAUUGGACUUCCAAAAUCGAAACGUGAAGAUGCACGUAUGUAUCUUUUUCAUGUCCUUGGUUUUGUUGCUGAAUCAACAAUUUUUGCUUUCGAAGUAAGCAUACGUAAGCCAUAUUUCCACGACUCAUUGUUCCGUUUUGCCCAAAUUUAUGUUUUGGACGAAGUCCCUUCAGUAGCUGAGGAAGCGGAGGAAGCAGUAAACUCUUCAUAUAAUAUCCGAAAAGCUUGGAACUUUCUCCAUGAUCGUUUCGCUCUUCUUGUUAGAGCAUAUAGCACAACGGUCGAUCAAGUCGACCCAGAAUUUAGCAGAUCUGUUGAUACAGUUAGAAAAUCCAUGAUUAUAAGAUUAAAAUUAUCAGAAAUGGAGAUUUUGCAAAAAGUGAAAGAUUUUUGCAAAGAACAGCUACUAGGAACAGCUUGA